AUGGCUGGUGGUCGGACCGAACGAUGUGAACAGUCGGACCGAGCGGGGACCAUUGCACCGAAUAUCGAAGGCUUUAUUUUCAAGGCAGGAGUCAUUUCCGAUCGAAUAAAAGAGAAGGACUCUGCGACUUGCAAAACACCAAUUCUGAAUCCUUUCAACAUGCUGCCGUUCGUGCCUCAUCCUCUUCCCAUCUCCGAGGACUCGCCUUUCCCGGUUACCAACAUUCCGUUUGGGAUCUUCAGCACACCUGAAAAUCCCCAGUCCCGACCCGGAGUUGCAGUUGGUGAUCAUGUCCUGGACCUCUGCGCGCUAGCAGCCCAAGGCCAUAUUCAGGGCUCCGAGCAGAUGGGGCGCGCCUUGUCUCAGGCCGGACGCAUUGCAGGUCAUCCUCAGCUCCCCGCUAAUUUCUUCAACGUGCCACUAGCUUACAACGGACGUACCUCCUCCGUUAUAGUUAGUAGUUCACCAAUUCAUCGCCCCUAUGGCAUUCGACCAGACUCCCACGACGGCCACGUCAAAUUCGCCCCAAGCCAAAAGCUAGACUACGAGAUUGAACUAGGAAUGUUUGUGUCCAACUCUAUGUCACUCGGCCAGCGAAUUCCCACUUCCAAAGCGAAGGAGCAUAUCUUCGGCUUCGUGCUCCUGAACAAUUGGACAGCUCGAAACAUCCAAUUCUAUAAAAUGAUGCCACAUGAAGCCCUUCAGGAGGCGGGUGCCGUCAUCCCCGUCGAGAAGGACAGAAUUCAAGGGGGGAAAGCGUCGUUGAUUCCGUUUUUGCAGGCGGAAGAAGAUGUUUCGCUGGCUGCCCUGCGAAAAGCUUCAAAUGCUCAGGAUAAGGAGAACCAGUCGAUUGAUGUUCUGUCUCAGGAUAGUACGAGGAAGCGGAAACGGAGUGAGCCAUCUGCUUCCCAUAAAACCCCUGGAGCUCUUUCUAUACCAGUGAAAAACUCGAAUGGAACUUCCUCUGCCAUUAUGCAGCCCCUUGGCUUCGACGCAACACGACGUAUAUCCACCGAAGAGAACGACCGGGACGAUCUUCCUCCGCGUGCAUUGGGUCUCUCUCUUUUAGAAAUCUACUUUGAGAGAAUCUACAAUGCUCCUCUCUUGUUUAAUAAACACGCCCUCAUGAAAGACUAUCUGGAAGGACGAUUACCGGAAUAUCUUCUCCGGGCUCUUUUUGCCUUGGCUUCUAUAUUUCUCGAAAGCGGCCAAAUUUCGACCUUGCCAUCUAAUGAGCCGCUCGAACUGAGCACCUUGAGACUGUUUGCGAGUCAAGGUCGACCCUGGGCCGAGUCAGCCAGCAGAGAAGCGCUGUCACUAAGUGGCCAGCCAUCACUCUUUACCAUCCAAGCGCUCGAAUCCCUGACUAUCUACUGGUUUGCCGCUGGUGAUAACCAGCGGGCAGAUAUUCAUUUGACUGUCGCCUAUCGAUCCUGCUAUAAUGUCGGCUAUAACAAACUCCUCGGCUGGACAGGGGACCCUUGCAGAAUGAUGAGGACAGAAAUAGAACGAAGAUGUUUCUGGGCUUGUUGGGCAACUAUGUGCAUCGCUGGACAGCCAAAGGCGUACCUCAAGUCUGCCUGGCUGGAAGCUGCGGAACUACCAUUGCCGGUUCCCUUUGAUCAAGAUCAAUCCGCCUUCUGCACCGAUCAUGCAGAAAAAAUGGACGCCUGCUGGAACUGCUUGUUUCUUGAUGGCGCCCACCAUGAUGGUAGCCUUCCUGAUAGUGUCGUGUUAGCAGAACUCCUCAAGUUAAUCGGAAUAUGGGCAAAAACACAGGUUCUAGUUAAGCAGACACCUGAAGAAACCUCUAUCACCGAGGCACUGAAUCUUUCCGCCCAGAUCACCGCACUAUACAAUUUACCUUCAUUCCCCCCUCUCCCUAGUAUCUGGAAUGACCCCUCAGCCAGCAAAGAACAUGUCCUUUUGGUCCACAGCCUCUACCACCUCUGCCAGAUGACUCUCAAUCGCGCUAUCGUCCCUCCACUGUGUGGUCGACGACAGAGCCAAGUCGUACCUGCACAUAUUGAAAGGCAGUGUGCUCAUGCCGUUUUAGACCACGCCAGGCUACAAGGCCGGUUAGUGUUAGAUCAUCUGGCCCAAUCCUCCGAUGUGACGAGGAUAUCCCCCAUUGUUGGCUUCACUGCCUUCUCUGCAGCGGUGAUUAUUGCCCUCGCAGUCAGAUCGCAAGACCUCAGAGAGGUCUUAGAAACGCCUAGCAACAUGUCAAACGAUGACGUUACUUUGAUACAAUCGCUGACAGGGCUAGUCAAUGGACUGUCCCGGUAUUGGAAGACUUUGCAACGAUUGUCAAUCAAGCUUCGCACUCUCGUGACGCAUCUAUUACCAGCCGAACCCGGCGGUACCGAGCUUGACCCUGACUCUAUAUCAAAUCCCGGUGUGCAAAUAAGAGGUCCGCCAUCCAUAGAAACAGAGAAAUCCGUCAUAUCUAGUGGAUACGUCUACACAUCUGAAUCCGAGACUGAAGGCGAUUCUGCAACCCGAUCGCGGAAGGCUGGUAGAAGCAAUACUCAUUUCGAAGCAUCGGCUAGUAAUAAUCACACAUAUACCAACAAGGAACCGGAACUGCCUUUAAACUCCGGGCUUCUUGACGAUGCUUGGCAGCCGACAGGAAACUUUGACGCCUGGGAAGACUUCACGGAUUUUGUCACUGGCGACGCUGACGCUGAGGGCCUGGAGACACUAACAGUGCUUUUUCCUUCGGAGUGGCCGCUAUAUUAG